UGGCAACUCGUAUCCUGAGUACGGGAGUCAGCUGAGCGCAGCACCAGAGGAGAGCAUUCCGCAGCGCGGAUUCCAUGGGAUAAUAUACACACACGAGCUCCCGCCGGACGGAUUGUGGGGACUGGCAGGGAGGCACUGCAGGGACAUUGCACUAGCUGGAGUUGGGCACAAGAAGUGUAAAGUGCUGGAAGAGCUUGGGGGCUGAGGACUCCCCCAAGACACCGGGGAACCAGCCCCGAAGCAGGUACUCGCUGUUUCCUGUUCUGAUGGGUCAGUGUUGGAUACUGAAGCAACUAGGUAUUAAUGAACUGCAAGCCACAUAGUGUUUGCAAAGGUUUUAAAACUGAUAUUCAUGACCAGAUGGCUUUAUCUGGAUGUCCAGAUGCUUUUCUACAUCCCUACUACCAGGACAGUGUGGAGCAGACAGCAGCAUGCUCACAGAGGGUGUUGGUGGACACUGGCUAUACAUCUAAACGUAUAGCCUUAAACCCAGAUGAUGAUGUUGACCUAGAAUCUCUGGUUAAUGAUAUGAAUUCUUCGUUGGACAGUUUAUACUCUACAUGCAGCAAAGUGACUGAGUCUAUGCCACUUCUAAAAAAUGGUCGAAGUCCCCUUUCAAACUCAGGAACCAACAACCUUCCGUCCAUGCCACCAAGACAGAAAAUGCAGCGCUCCCAACCCAUGCAAAUUCAAGCUGUAAGGCGCCUUCAAGAGGAACAGCUGCGCACAUCAUCUUUACCAGCAAUUCCAAAUCCUUUUCCAGAGCUUUGUACGCUUGCAAGCUCCCCAGUACUUGCACCAGGAUCUUUACCUCAAAAUCAGCCUGCUAGCAAAAGGACUAUUGUAAAAGUCUUUAGUGAAGAUGGGACAUGCAAAAUGGUGGAGAUUCUAGCAGACAUGACAGCCAGGGACUUCUGCCAGUUGCUGAUUUACAAAAGUCAUUGUGUGGAUGAUAACAGCUGGACGCUGGUGGAACAUCACCCUCUCCUAGGAUUAGAGAGAUGUCUUGAAGACCAUGAAUUGGUACUGCAAAUUCAAUCCAUGAUGACAAGUGAAAGCAAGUUUCUGUUCAGAAAGAAUUAUGCAAAAUAUGAAUUUUUUAAAAAUCCUGUGAAUUUCUUUCCAGAACAGAUGGUUGCAUGGUGUCAGCAAUCAAAUGGUAGCAUUCCCAAAUCUGAAUUACUGCAGAAUUUCUUGAAUGCCAACAGCUGUCCAGAAAUUCAAGGUUCUUUGUAUGUUAAAGAGAUUGGAAAAAAGUCUUGGAAGAAGUUAUUUGUAUGUUUGAGGCGUUCGGGUCUUUAUUGCUCAAUAAAAGGAACUUCAAAGGAACCAAGGCACUUACAAGGAAUAUCUGAUUUAGAAGACAGCAAUAUUUAUUCAUUGAUAUCUUGUAAGAAGCUAUAUAAUUCACCAACAGACUUUGGAUUUUGCGUGAAGCCCAACAGAGUUCUAGCAGAUAUUAAAGAGCUGAGAUUUCUUUGUGCAGAAGAUGAACAAACUCGGACAUGUUGGAUGACUGCUUUCAGACUCUUGAAGUAUGGUAUGCUGCUUUAUCAGAACUAUAGAAUUCCUCAACCGAAAACUGUGCACACCAGCUUUUCUGCACCAAGAAGUGUGUCCGAAAAUUGCCUAGUUGCAAUGGAUUUCUCUGGACAGACAGGAAGAGUUAUUGAAAAUCCCUUGGAAGCACAAAGUGCUGCAGUGGAAGAAGGGCACGCUUGGAGGAAGCGAAGUUCUCGUAUGAAUGUUUUGGGAAACCAAAGUCCACUUCAUCCUUCCACACUCAGCACAGUAAUUCAUAGAACACAACCUUGGUUCCAUGGUAGAAUACCUAGAGAAGAAUCGCAAACAAUCAUUAAACAACAAGGGCUUGUGGAUGGACUUUUUCUCCUUCGAGACAGUCAGAGUAAUCCAAAGGCAUUUGUACUUACACUGUGUCAUCAUCAGAAGAUUAAGCAUUUCCAGAUUUUACCUUGUGAAGACGAUGGGCAGAUGUUCUUUAGCCUAGAUGAUGGCAAUACCAAAUUCACAGAUUUAAUUCAGCUUGUUGAGUUUUAUCAGCUAAACAAAGGAGUUUUGCCAUGCAAACUUAAAUACCACUGCAUCAAAGUGGCCUUAUGACCUCCGAUAAAAGACUAAAUAAAGUGGAACAUUGACGAUGGGGUGGGCCUCGGUCCUGUUGGGGGGAAAAGACUUGUGUUUACACAUGCACCUUGUGACUGGAUCAAUCAACUGGGGCCAGCUUAUCACAAUUAGCUGGUAUCUUGUAUAUUCAGAUUUGUUCCAGCAUCUCUAAAUGGAAUAGGGUGAUAUAUAAUUUCAGAAAUAGAAUGCUAAAUAUCUGCAAUUUUUGAUGGUUGGGAUGCUCAUCAGAAACAAGCCUUGAAGAAGAAUCUUGGGAUUGGUCGGGUAGGUGUGGGAGAUAGUUUAGUGAGUGGGAGGGUGGGGAAAAGGACUUUUGCCCUGGAGUAAUCUUGAUAAUUAAGACUGAUCUGUUUACUUAUUUUAUGUUUUUUUUUUUUUUAUUGAAAUACAUCUUUGCACUCCUGCGUUUCAAUAUGUAUUACAGCCUUUUGAAAAGAGCUGGUUUGACAUUUUUAAUUAAGCAGCAAUUGCUGUGCUGUAACAUGUGAAAUGCUUCAACUUUCAAUGGAUUUACUGGGAAGAAAUUACCAUCAACUUUUUUGCAAGGCUUGUCUCCUGCCACCUGUAUGCAUCUUUUGGAGAGUUCAUCUGGAGAUCUGAGCAGACAUAGACCAGUUUCACACAAGUGUAUUUAGUACAAGAAAUUUGCUCUCAGAGGUAUUUCCUGUCCUGAAUGCUGCUCCUAUGACAUGGACCCCUAGUAUCAUAAUGAUUUAUAAUGCUGUGUGUUCCUGCCGCACCAUUUCUCUUAUGUAUUGUACUCGCAAUGCCAUCAGUACAAAUCUUAGAGUUGAGGUUGGACAUUAAUACACCACAUUAUAAAUCAUUAUAAUGCAGUGGGUACAUGUCAAAGGAGCAGCAUUCAGGACUGGAAACACCUCUUACAUAUGGUGCUUAUUUCUCGCACUGAAUACACUUGUGUGAAAUUGGCCUUAAUGUUUUUUUUUUUCUCACACACCAAUAAGAAAAUGCCUGUUAUAUAGCUAUCCUAAUAAGCUUGAGUCUGUAAGUGAUAACUAUGCAUAAAUCUUUGAGCUACAGUUUCACUUCACUUUAAAUCCAGCCUAUCUUUUAUUAUCAGGAAAUAUCUGUUACAAUACAGUACACACAUAAUGGCCUCAAUCAUUAAAAUUGGCCUUAUGGUCUUGUUAAUUUAGGGCAGGCUAAGUAUUGUAAAGAAAUUGUCUACCUAGAGUAACAAAUUUCUGUGUAUCCAUUUAUACUUGUAUCUCUCUUGUUUUUUAAAACACCUGUAAGGCCUCCAUUGCCAAAGAGGAAAAUUCAGUUACUCAAACGAUGCUCUCUUGGAAAUAAGAAUUUAAAGGACUGGAUUAUCUAAUCCUGGAAGUAACGAUUCUCACUUUAAAUUAUGUUGACAUAAGAGCUACUGAAGUAUACAAUGCAAGACUCGGUAUUUACUUUGGGAAUCACUUGUGACAAUAAAAAGCUUCAGUGAAACAUAUCAGCUGUAUCAUGCAACUGCAGUAUAGAAACACUGUAUUUUAGAUUAUGGAACACAUCAUUACAUUAUUCCAUGUAUUUGCCUCAUAUAAAAUGAAGAAACUUGAUUUUAUGUUUGUUUUUCUUUUUCUAAUGUACAGUAUUUUGUAAGUUGGUCAGAAUGCCACGUCAAACACUGGCAAAGAUUUCUUUUAUAAAUUGUGCUUAAAGCAUAGAAAUAUAUGCACAUUGCUGAAGAGAAGGCCUAAAAUCUGUUCUGUGCCAUUUUUUAUUCAGGUUGACAACAAUCAAUAGUUGUUGUCAUCUCUUAUGAAGCCUGUUUUUUUUUUUUUCUGCUUCCAAGAUUAUAUGGCAUAAAUCCUGGCAUUAGGGUAAUGUCUUAUAAGCAUGGACAGGCCGUUUUAAUCUGCAACCCUAGUUUGGGAAAUUAAAAGUAAUAUUAAAUGCCAUUUUCUUUGUGUUACCUUUAAGGUGAUCUGUGAAGAAAGGUAGAUCAUACUUUAUAGGGUCAUGAAGAUUUAUUUUUAAAAGAUACGACUUCAGUGAACGUACUGUUUCUUGACUGUGAAACACUCGUGUGAGUGGCCAAGAAAGGUGUGUCCUUGCCUUCCUGAAAAUUUUGUGAAUUUGAAUCUGAUAGAUUGAUUAAAUAAAGAUGCCUGAUGAUUUUAGUG